CUGACGACGGCGCAAUGCUGACAGUUUUAGGCAGAAAAUUUGAAUUUUAACCAAGAUGCACUGAACUGCCAAAUUAUUGACGACAUGUGUCUGUAGCACGAUUAGACACUCCUUUAUAUAGUUUAUCAACAAAAAAAAGUGAUUUGGGGGUGACUUGCUCUUUAAUACAUCAUAAUGUGCCAGCUAACUUCAUCCCUCUUAGCCAAUAGGGAUGGCAGACUUAAAUUCAAAUGUAGUGCAGAGUUUUUACCCGACGACGGCGCUACUCUGACAGUUUUAGGCAGAAUAUUGAAAUUUUAACUCAGAUACACUAAAGUGCCAAAUUAUUGACGACACAUGUCUGCAGCACGAUUAGACACUCAUUUAUUUAAUUUAUUAGCAAAACAAUUUGAACUGGGGGUGACUUGCUCUUUAAAUGAACACAGCAGUGAUCUCAUAUUCAGUUUGAAAUGUGAGAACUUUGACACUGAAAUGAUGCUGUAGUCAUGGUAACAGCUGUUAUGUGUGUAAACAAAUACAGGCAGGCUGUGGUGCGCCAUUCACCAGAGCUGAUUUGAAUAGGUGUGUGUGGGGAGUGUUAUCACUUCUGUGCUCCAGAGGCACGGUGAGGUCUGGAGCAAAGGCCACCAGGUGUUUGACUGUUCUUCUCCUUGGGUGACCUGGACAGGUGGCCAACAGCAUUUAGGAACUGAAGCAUUGUAGAGUCGUGCUGGAUCGUGUCCACGUGGAUGAAAAUGUCCUAAAAAAAGAACUAGAAGAAAAAGAAGACAUGAAUCGUAAAGGUGGGAAACUCGCCUCCAGGAUUCCUACGUUCCAGAAGCGUCCCGUCGCUCCCAGUCAGGCGACAGAGCAUCCCGCUCCCAGAUUAGACGCUCCUGUUACUGUUGCUCUGCCUGCUGAGAAAGCUGAAGGUGGACGUGUGGAGGCAUCCAAGGCUAAGCCAGCCGAGUUCAGAGAAACGGCGCCCCCGCUUCCAUCGGGCCGCAUCCCUAGAAUCGGCUCUGAUCCUCCGUCUGUUGGCGUGGAACAAAAGGGUGACAGCUCUGUGAUUCCUGGACCUAAAUCCUGGAGCUUUUCUGAGUCGGUACCACAUUCCCACUUUAUUGCAAGCCCCAGACCUGCUCUCAGAGCAGAGCGGGACGCAAGUGAUGCUCUGCUAAACGAAGCAGGUGUGGUUCCAGAUCCCCCACCAAGCUGCCUCCCACCUGAGAACUCCCUCAGCCAGAAAUCACAGGAACACGCCAGGCUCACCCCCACCAGAGUCAUGCGUGUCUCUGUGGAAGAGGAUGACAUCACCAAGGUCCGCUCAGUGGAGGCGAUCGUGGAUGAAGAACCACCAUGGAGGACAGGGCUCAUGGAGGUGGAGCAGAGAGACUGCAGGUCUUCAUCAGAUGCUGAGGAUGAAGAUGAAGGUGAAGAGCUCGUGAAGCAGUCAGAGGAAACAGCAGAUGACCCCAGCUGUGCUGCAGCACCAGAGGAACCUGCCCCAGUGUCCUCAGCCCAGUCCACUAAGCAGAGCUCCAGACGUUGGUGUCUGUUCCUCCUCUGGCUGCUGGUCCUAGGGGGGUUGGGCCAUCACUUCUGGAAGUAUGGGGUUCCCUCAUCUGUGGCUCAGCUCUCGGCCCAGCUGGAGCUGCACUGGCUGGAAGGACCUGGUCUGCUACUAGCACCCUGCAGCUCAGACUGCCGAGUGCAGCUGGUAGAAAGCAUCCCGGUUGGUCUGUACCCAGCCUCUCCUUCUGGGCCGAGCAUCGUGGACAGCUGGCUGCGUCUGCUGGACAGGGCCAACAGCUCGGUCCACAUCGCUGCGUUUUACUUCACCCUGCAAGGCAGCGAUGAGGAGACAACCGACCCCUCGGACUCUCAGGGAAGAAAGGUGUUGGGACGGCUGAAGCAGCUUCAAUCCAAAGGCGUCAAACUCCAGAUUGCUGUGAACGCCCCACAGACCUCGACCAAGGACACGGCAGAGCUGGCUGCAGCAGGUGCACAGGUCAGAGAGGUGGACCUCAGGGCUCUGACCGGAGGUGUCCUCCACACCAAGCUGUGGGUCCUCGACCACAAGCACUUCUACCUGGGGAGUGCUAACAUGGACUGGCGCUCUCUAAGUCAGGUGAAGGAGGUGGGGCUGUCGGUGGAGGACUGCAGCUGCUUGGCUCAGGAUGCCUUUCGGAUCUUUGAGGUGUACUGGAGCAUCGGGGCAAACAGCGGUUCUCCUCCUCUGUUCUGGCCCGCCCGACUCGCUGCUCUGUCCAGCGCUGACAGACCUCUGCAGCUGAAGUUUAACGGCGUACCCGCUCGGGUCUACCUGUCUAGCGCUCCUCCACAGAUCUCACCUCACGGCCGCGCAGACGAUCUCGCCACCAUCUUAUCCGUCAUCGAUGAUGCCCAGAAGUUUGUUUACAUCUCUGUCAUGGACUACCUCCCCCUGUCUGAGUUUACAGAGCCACCCAGGUUCUGGCCGGCCAUCGACUCGGACCUGCGUGCUGCAGCGUGCACCAGAGGGGUUCGGGUCAGAAUGAUGGUCAGCUGUUGGGAACACUCUCCAGCCUCCAUGUUCACGUUCCUGCAGUCCCUGCUGGUGCUCAGCAGGCCUCCGCUGAGAUGCAACAUUGAAGUGAAAAUCUUCUCUGUGCCUUCAACACCAGAGCAGAGGAAGACUCCUUUUGCACGAGUCAACCACGCCAAGUUCAUGGUCACAGACAGGGUGGUGUACAUAGGGACAUCUAACUGGUCGGAGAACUACUUCACUCACACGGCCGGCGCUGGCCUGGUGGUGAACCAGACCGGCUCUGAGGUUGGAGAAGACCAGCAGACUCUGCAGAGCCAAGCUGAGGAGCUCUUCCUCAGAGACUGGAGCUCAGACUACGCCAGCUCGCUGUCGAUGGACGCUGUGGACUUCUGUCCUCCCAGUCGCCGCUGACCGUUUGCUUUUAGGUGGACAAACCUUGUAUGAGCCUGCUGCUGCUGCCACUUGAACUUUAUUUUAUCUGAAGGUUUGGUUCUCAGUCAGCGACCGUAGCUGGAUUUAACUGCUGCAAGCCGCCUGAGGUCUUAUGUACAUAUUUGCCUUGAAACUUGAUUUUUGUUUUUAUUCUAUUUUCUUACGAGGUGAUAUGCAAACCAAGAGCUUGGCUGGAUUUGUGCCUGGAGCAUUUUAUAUUUUCCCUAAAAAGUGCCAAGAUUGAACGGUUUCAAGCAGGAAGAGGAAAUGUGUGCAUCACUUCCUGCAGCUUUAAUGUUUGUGUCGUAAAACAACUGGGAUGCUUUUCCUGUAAAUGCUCCUUUUCUUGUCUAACAGGCGCCGGAGAAACAUUUGGAUGUUCACGUUUGAGAAAAUCUGUGAAUGUUUUGCCCUGAAUGUACCAUCUCUGCACCGUUUCCUCCAUCAGCACAUCACGAUUACUGUAGAAGUGACUUCCUGUCAUCUGCGCAUGCAUGUAGGACGGUUACACACACCUCCAGUGAUCACUGACACACAGCAGCAAUAAAAUCUUCAAUCCCAUGGAA